CAUUGACUGGUCUCAUGCUUUCACGCAAGAAUAUAGAGCGCCCUAUAUUGCUGACGGAGAUGCUGCCCUCGCUGCAAGCGAUUACGACAGAGCUAUUAAAUUAUACUCUGUGGUGAUCGGCCUCAAUUCUGCAACCGACACCGUCUUUGCAAAUCGUAGUAAGGCUAGGUCGGCAAAAAAAGUUAUGGGAGGAUGCAAUUCUUGAUGCACAAAAGGUCAUCAAACUCACCCCUUCAUCUCACAUUGGAUAUGAGUUGAAGUAUGCAGCACUUCAUGGCGCACAACACUACGAUGAAGCUAUUGAGGCUUUCCAAAUGAUGCUCGCCAACUUGGACAGUGCUUCCAACGCACAAAUACGAAAGCUGCGUGACCAAUAUGUCAGUCCCUCCGAAGCACGACAUGUCAUUCGAAAGGUCAUUGACGGUCAACUCAACAAUGCCCCGCUUCGUCUACUCAACGCCGUCACCGGGCUCUUAUGUGAUCGAGAAGCGCAGAUAAGCGCCUUCACCGAGAGCACAGAGUAUAAAGAGCUUCUGUUAUCAACUAUGAAGCAUCCAAUCCUCGAACCGGAGCGCAUCGCAGAAACAGUGGCAACAUAUUUUCGUUGUGUCAUGCUGUCGCAUAGGUGGGAAGGGACGGAGCCAUUGCUGCACGAUAUCAAGGACAAAGUCGUUCAUUCUGCUGACAUUCAUAACAACGUUGAGCUUCAAAAAUCCCUCAACUCCAUGUUUGCCUGGUAUCACAAUUCAGCACUCACGAUCGUCUACUUGUCGGAUGUCCCUCCUUUGGCCAAGCCUGGUGCGCUGGCGCAGAGCAGUUGGAAUACCCGAGGAUGGACUGUUCCGGAAUUCCUGGCUCCAAAAGUCAUUCGCUUCUACCAACAGGAUUGGUCUCUAUACCUCAAUGACGAGUCCCCCAACCACAAGGAGACCUUUGAGAUCAUGCACGAGUUGGAGGAUGCGACGGGCAUAGAUUCACGGGCCCUCAUAGCCUUUCAACCGGGAAUGAAAGACGCCCGAGAGAAACUGCAAUGGGCGUCUAGGCGCGUCACCACAGUGCCGGAAGACAUUGCAUACUCAUUGUUUGGUAUUUUUGGCGUCCAACUCCCCAUCCUUUAUGGCGAGAAUAAGCACGGUGCGCUCGGGAGACUGCUGCAGGAGAUCGUGGCACAGUCGGGCGACAUUACUGCCCUGGACUGGGUUGGACAACGAUCUGAGUUCAACAGUUGUCUUCCAGCCAACAUUUCCUCUUAUGCAGCUCUCCCAUGUACCCUCCCAUCUUUGUCUGAACGCCAGAUUCAGACAGCGGUCUCUUCGCUGCGAACUACUGUGGCUAUGGAGUUGGCUUCAAAACUUUAUAACCAACUUGACAAUAUGAGCUCUCCUCGCUUUGCAAACUGUAGACUGCAUCUGCCUUGCGUCGCAUUCCGUGUCACAGACUCAUUUACAUACGAAGUCAAAGCCGACGGACUUCACGACCUGCUCAUCACCACGAAAGAGACGUUGAAUCAGUUCACGCCGUCAAGGUCUCCUCUGCAGACAUUCUUACUUAUCCGUCCAUGGGAUUAUCGCCUCCUCGAGCUACCUGACGUUGGAGAUGAUACAGGAGAGCGAGGAUGAUUUUCGGUCUGUGCUCGAGUCUCCGUUGGACGAAUUUCCCGGCGGUUCUCCCGCAGAACAGGAGCCGCCUGAUUCGGAAUCUCACUUACGAGCAGUUGCGAUUGGUCGUUCGCCUCGGACAACCUUUCGGCGCAUUUUUGCUAGUGCGGCAGCGUACCGGAGAAUACAAGAGGAUCGCAUCGGAUCACGAUAUCAUUGCACAAGUCAAAGACAUAGCUUCUGUUCAUAGCGUGAUGGACUAUCAGGACCGUAGAAAUUUCAUAGCUAUGUUUUUUCUUUCUCUCGACCGGGGAUCUCUGAGGAGUUCAAGUUGUUUGUACCUUGAUGAUAUAUACUAGGCAUAAGCAGAUACCGUAUAAUUUCCUCCAAAGCAGACGUUUAGUACGUUGGCGAACAACUCACGCACGUCGCACUAGUACUUCUCUGUCCCUCCACGAUCGAUAGGAGAUAUCCUUUGAAUUCACUGUUGUUCCCCACAAUUCCACAAUUGCUCGAC